UUAAAAGCUUUUUAUUUUUAUUUUUAUUUUUAUUUUUUAUUAUUAAAUAAUAUGUUCUGUCUGCUAAAACCUAAUGUAUGAUUGCUCCGUACCUGUUUGUUCUUCUCUCAAUCCAAUUUAAUUUUUUUUGAUGGGUUACCAGGUAAUCAUUAUUAUGUAAUUGGAUCCAAGAUGUCUUCAGCUCAAGAUCCAUUUUACAUUGUUAAGGAAGAGAUUCAAGAGUCUAUUGAUAAGUUGCUGUCUACUUUUCACCAAUGGGAACAUAUUCCUGCCUAUGGUCAAGAACAUCAAAAUCUGACAAAAGAGCUGCUUGUUGGCUGUGACAGCAUUGAGUGGCAGGUGGAUGAAUUGGACAAAACAAUUUCUGUAGCAGCUAGAGAUCCUGCUUGGUAUGGGAUUGAUGAAGUUGAACUUGACAGAAGGAGGAGAUGCACAAGCACUGCUCGUACUCAGGUGCGCAACAUGAAGAAAACAGUAGUAGCUGGAAAGGAGUUGGAUAUAACAAGCACUUCUAAUGUAAAUGGAAUGCGCCGUGAACUAAUGAGGCUACCAAAUUCUCAUCAGACUGACAGAUCCAAUCAGUAUGCAGCUCGGGACAAUGAUGAUUUCAUAUCAUCAGAAUCAGACAGACAAGUACUUCUCAUAAAGCAACAGGAUGAGGAGCUGGAUGAGCUUAGCGCAAGUGUGGGGAUAAUUGGAGGUGUUGGGAUUACUAUACAUGAAGAACUCCUUGCACAGGAGAAGAUUAUAGAAGAUUUGGGCACGGAAAUGGAGAGUACAUCAAAUCGCCUUGAUUUUGUUCAGAAAAAGGUAGCUGUGGUGAUGAAGAAGGCUGGGGCCAAGGGGCAGAUCAUGAUGAUAUUGUUCUUGGUUGUUCUGUUCAUUGUUCUAUUUGUUCUGGUCUUCCUCACCUAGGCUAAAGUGGAAGAAACCAUUCGGCAAUUGCAUAUACGUGGAAGAGAAUGCUGAUGUUGAAGAAUAAGGUGGGAGUUCACAAGGAACGUAAUGAAUUGGUUGGUGACGUGGUUUUCUUGAAUAAUUGUUACCUGGAAAUACAGCACCGAAUGAAAUUCGACCUUUUUUUUUUUUGUUUUUUUAUGAUGAAAUAAUAUAAAUAUAAAAUAUAUUCUGGUUUUGUUUCGGAAAGUGGUGUAGGUAGGGUUGUUUGUGAUUGAACGGGUUUGAGUACUAAAUAUAUGAGACGUUAAAUAGGAUCAUGUGUUGAACAGGUUUGAGUACUAAAUAUAUGAGAUGUUAAAUAGGAUCAUGUUUGACUUUCUAUUUUAUUUGUACAAGCAUUCAUGAGUUGUUUGUCAUGCUUGCUGGUUC